AUGCUCAACUCGGUUCUCGGUUUUAGUUUUGCUACCCUGCUGUGGCUCGCCAGCCUCGCCGUCGGUGCCCCCUUGGAGCACUGCCCAUCGGGUUCCGGAGGCGUUUGCUUCAGCAUCGCGGUGCCGACCUCGUCGGCGAAUUCUGGAUCUGGGAAUGUCUAUUUCCAAAUCAAGGCGCCGACGUCGCUCCAAUGGGUGGCCCUAGGCACGGGCAGUGCCAUGUCCGGUUCCAACAUUUUCUUGAUGUACCAGGACGGAAAGGGCAACGUGACACUGUCGCCACGUCUCGGCCAAGGGUACAGCGCCCCGCAGCUGGACACAAGCCCGACCGCUGCCCGGCUGACACUGCUGGCCGGCAGCGGGGUCAGCGACGACGGCGCCACCAUGACGGCGAACGUGGCGUGCUCCAACUGCGACCAGUGGAGCGGCGGGGGGACCAUGUCUUUGAGCAGCACCGCCGCCGGAUGGAUCGCUGCAUGGAAGCGAGGCUCGCCGCUGGCCACCAUCGACCAGGCGGUCGGCAUCUCUCGACACGAUGGCCGCACACUGUUCACCGUGGACUUGACUCGUGCGACCGUCAACACGGACAGCAAUCCCUUCGUGACCAGUCACAAUACCGGAGGGGGGAGCAGCUCCAGCGGCAACGGUUCUGGCUCGGGUUCGGGCUCGGGCUUGGAUUCGGGUUCGGGCUCGGGCAUUUCUGAAAUGACCGGCCGCGGCCCAAGCCAAACUCUGGUGGCCCACGGCAGCAUCAUGGCGGUGGUUAUGCUUGUCCUCUUCCCCAUGGGCUCGCUGCUGAUGCCGUUGUUCCGGAGGUGGUGGCUCCACGGUACCUGGCAGCUUGUGGGCCUUGCCGUCAUGUGGGCUGGCAUCAUUGUUGGCAUCGUGGUUCUCCGAGAUAUGCAGAUGCGUUGGAACGAUCCCCACUUCAUCGUCGGGCUCGUGGUCGCCGGCGUCUUCACGAUCCAGCCCGCCCUCGGCCUCCUGCACCACCGUCAGUACGUGAAGACGCUGCGCCGAAGUAUGGUCAGCCACGUGCACCGAUGGCUCGGACGCGUGCUGAUGGCGCUGGGUACGAUCAACGGCGGGCUGGGCCUGAGGCUGGCGAGGGCACCCGAAAGAUUCGUCAUCGCGUACGGCACCGUCGCCGGUGUCGUCUACGUCGGCUAUGCCGGCUACAAGCUAUACGUCUUCUUCCAGCGCGGCACCAGCAACGCGGCCGCCACAGACAACGACACCGACAGGUCAAAGGAGGGACAUAGGGGGCAAUCGAGACGGUAG